UGACAACCUCAGAGUGACUGUCUGUACUGUACCGACGGGGGUAAGUAAGUAGUUGUGGACGUCACACGCGCUCCCCGGGGGAGGAGGUUAGGUACCGGCCACAACUAAUAACAGAUUAUCUGUCUGUCCGUCGAUGCAGUGCGGGUAGUCCAUGUACGCGCGCAUGACCGUGUGUUUUAGUUGCAUGCAAGAACAAAAGCGCAGCAAAGAAAAGCAGCCACAUCCUCUCGGCACAAGGAAGAGGUCCAUUUAACAGCUGCGAUGGAGCACUUAUGCGGCCAACUUACAUUCUGGCCGAACCUCACGCUGCACUCAGACCGGCCUGACCUCCCAGAAUGCUUUCAGCUGUCAGUCCUGCCAUGGGCUCCCUGCAUCUACCUGUGGGCGGUGUCGCCUCUCUACAUCCUCUACCUCAAGAGGAACAGCAGAGGCUACAUCAUGAUGUCUAUAUUAAACAGAAUCAAAACGGUUCUUGGCUUGAUAUUGUGGAUAGUAUGCUGGACAGAUCUGUUUUCUUCAUUUCAUGAGAUGAACCAGAAUCAACCUAAACCCCCAAUAUAUUUUGUUACACCUUUAAUAGUCGGCAUGACAAUGUUGUUAGCCACGUUCCUGAUCCAGUUUGAGAGGCUGAAAGGAGUGCAGUCGUCCGGUGUGCUCUUCAUAUUUUGGACGAUCUCAGUGUUGUGUGCCAUUGUGCCUUUCCGGUCCAAAAUCAUGCAUGCCAAUCAAGAGAAUGGGGUCGGUGACAAGCUGAGGUUCACAACGUUCUACAUUUACUUCGGCCUCACCCUGCUUGAACUUAUCCUGUCAUGCUUCAAUGAAAAGCCUCCUCUCUUCUCCAGCGUGGCCACAGAUCCUAAUGUAUGUCCAGAAACAACUGCUGGAUUCCUCUCAAAAAUGACCUUUUGGUGGUUUACAAGCAUGGCUAUCAAAGGCUACAAAUCACCGCUGGAGAAUAAAGACCUCUGGUCCCUGAACAAGCAGGACAGUUCAGAGUUGGUGGUUCCCAAUCUGCUCAACGAAUGGGAGGUGGAGAAAUCCAAAGCGCAGAGCGAACAGAGUGUGAAGGAGCAGGCCACAUUUACAAAAACAGGCGCUGAAACCAACCACGUGGGUGGCGGUCCUGAGGAGGCGGAGGUUCUGCUGUCCAAACAAAAAGAGUCCCGAAAGCCCUCCUUCCUGUGGGCCCUGCUCCGAGCCUUUGGGCCCUACUUCCUCAUUGGCUCCGCUUUCAAACUACUGCAGGAUCUCAUUACCUUCGUCAACCCACAGCUCCUCAGGAUGUUGAUUGACUUCACCAAAGACAAGCACGCCCCGUUGUGGUGGGGUUACGCGCUGGCGUUCCUGAUGUUCGGCACUUCCCUCUUACAGACCCUCAUCCUGCAUCAGCACUUUCAGUACUGCUUUGUCACAGGCAUGAGGCUUCGCAGUGGGAUCAUCGGAGCCAUCUACAGGAAGUCACUAGUGAUCACGAACGAGGCCAAGCGCUCGUCCACGGUGGGUGAGGUGGUCAACCUGAUGUCUGUGGACGCUCAGCGCUUCAUGGAUCUCACCACCUUCCUGAACAUGCUGUGGUCAGCGCCGCUGCAGAUCAUUCUGGCUCUCUUUUUCCUUUGGCAGAAUCUGGGUCCGUCGGUUCUGGCUGGCGUGGCCGUGAUGGUUCUGCUGAUCCCAUUCAACGCUUUCAUCGCCAUGAAGACCAGAACUUACCAGGUGGAGCAGAUGAAAUACAAGGACGACCGCAUCAAGCUGAUGAAUGAGAUUCUCAAUGGCAUCAAGGUGCUGAAGCUCUACGCCUGGGAGGUCUCCUUCAAGGAGAAGAUCCUGCAGAUCCGACAGAAGGAGCUGAAUGUGCUGCGGAAGACGGCCUACCUCAGCGCUCUGUCCACCAUGGCCUGGACCAGCGCGCCUUUCCUGGUGGCCUUGACGACGUUUGCUGUAUUUGUGACUGUGAAGAAAGAAAAUAUCUUGGAUGCAGAGAGGGCCUUUGUGUCCUUGUCUCUGUUUAACAUCCUGAGAUUCCCACUCAACAUGCUCCCGCAAGUCAUCAGCAGCAUCGUACAAGCCAGCGUGUCUCUGAAGCGCAUCCAGGAUUUCCUGAGUCACCCUGAGCUGGAUCCAGAGAGCGUGGACAGAAGAAACAACACUUCAGAAUAUGCCGUGACGGUUGUAAACGGGAAAUUCGCAUGGGCCAAACAAGACCAACCCACUCUUGACAACAUUAAUGUGAUGGUGCCGCAGGGCUCGCUGCUGGCGGUGGUGGGUCACGUGGGUUGUGGGAAGACCUCGCUCGUGUCCGCCCUGCUCGGAGAGAUGGAGAAGCUGGAGGGCCAGAUCUCCAUACGGGGCUCUGUGGCUUACGUACCGCAGCAAGCGUGGAUCCAGAACUGCACUUUGAGAGACAACAUCCUGUUUGGCAGACCCUACGUGGAGCACAAGUACCGCUGCGUGCUGGAGGCCUGUGCACUGACCCCUGACCUGGAAGUGCUUCCUGGAGGCGACCAGACAGAGAUCGGGGAGAAGGGCAUUAAUCUGUCUGGCGGUCAGCGGCAGAGAGUGAGUCUGGCCCGAGCGCUGUACAGUGAAUCAGACGUGUAUCUGCUGGACGACCCUCUGUCUGCGGUGGACGCUCAUGUUGCCAAGCAUAUUUUUGAUAAAGUCAUCGGUCCUGAGGGAGUCCUGAAGGAAAAGACUCGGAUCCUGGUGACCCACGGCAUCAGCUUCCUGCCGCAGGUGGACAACAUCCUGGUGCUGGUGGACGGUCGGGUGUCAGAGAUGGGCUCCUAUCAGGAACUGCUCAAGCAGAACGGGGCUUUCGCAGAGUUCCUCAGAAACUACUCUCUCGAGGAUAUCAUCGAAGACGAUGAAGUCACCUUGUCGUUGGUUGAUGAAGAGGAGGAUUUUCCUGACGAUGCUCUCAGUAAUCACGCAGAUAUGGUGGAUAAUGAACCUGUGGUUAAUGAAGCCCGCAGACAGUUCAUGAGGCAGAUCAGCAUCAUGUCUAAUGACCCGGAGAACCCCAAGAAGAUGUCCCGUCGCCGGCGCUGCAGCGAGAGGAAACACUCAGAGCCGCCGGCGGAGAAGAAGGAGCAGAAGGUGGACAAGCUGAUCCAGGCUGAAACGACUGAGACGGGACGGGUGAAGUUCAAGGUGUAUUGGGAGUACAUGAAGGCGGUCGGGCCUCUUCUGUCGCUGUUCAUCUGCUUCCUGUACGGCUGUCAGAGCGCAGCUGCCAUCGGAGCCAACUUCUGGCUGAGCGAAUGGACGAACGACGCGGAGAACAACCGAACGCAGGAGAACAUGGAGAUGAGGGUGGGGGUGUACGCAGCGCUGGGCAUUUCUCAAGGUGCGCUGAUUCUGGCCAACUGUUUACUGUGCCGGGCUUACAGCAUGCUGAAGGCGGCCCACGCCACACACCUCCACAUGCUCCAGGCCAUCCUGAGGGCCCCGCAGGCCUUUUUCGAGGCCACACCCUCAGGGCGGGUCUUGAACCGCUUCAGCAAAGACGUGGACACAAUAGACUCUCUCAUUCCAGACAAUAUUGAUAUCUGGAUGCGCACUUUCUGGUACACAGUAAAUGUGCUGCUCGUAUGCUCUGCCCUCACCCCUAUGUUCCUCAUAGUCAUAGUGCCGUUAAUGCUGUUCUAUUGGUGGGUCCAGAGAUUUUAUGUCGCCACGUCUCGACAGCUUAAGAGACUGGAGUCUGUCAGUAGGUCUCCUAUAUAUUCUCAUUUUUCGGAGACCAUCACGGGCACUAGUGUGAUCCGCGCCUACGGGCGAAACGCUGCCUUUGUUCUCUUGAGCGAUAUGAAAGUGGAUGAGAACCAAAAGAGUUACUACCCUGGUAUCGUCUCCAACAGGUGGUUGGGGGUUCGAAUCGAGUUUAUCGGAAACUGCAUCGUGUUGUUUGCUGCUCUGUUCGCUGCGGUCGGGAGGGACAAGCUCAGCCCCGGUCUGGUCGGUCUGUCUGUGUCCUACGCUCUGCAGGUCACUAUGUCCCUAAACUGGAUGGUGAGGAUGACCUCUGACCUUGAGAGCAACAUAGUAGCAGUGGAAAGAGUGAAGGAGUAUUCAGAGACACAGACUGAGGCUCCAUGGGUAGUGCAGGAUAAACGUCCUCCGCCAGACUGGCCUCCGGAGGGAAACGUGGAGUUUGUGGACUACAGCGUGAGAUAUCGAGAGGGACUGGACCUGGUGCUGAGGAACAUCUCUCUGAAGGUCAAAGGAGGAGAGAAGAUCGGCAUCGUGGGAAGGACAGGAGCUGGAAAGUCCUCGAUGACUCUGUGUCUGUUCCGUCUGCUGGAGGCGGCGGACGGAGAGAUCGUGAUUGACGAUGUGAAGAUCUCUGAGAUCGGCCUUCAUGACCUCCGAUCCAAACUCACCAUUAUCCCUCAGGAACCUGUUCUUUUCUCUGGGUCUCUGCGGAUGAACCUCGAUCCCUUUGAUAAAUACAGUGAUGAAGAACUAUGGAAAGCUCUGGAACAGUCUCAUCUGAAGAAGUUUGUGAGCAAUCAGUCUGCAAAACUGGACCUGGAGUGCUCCGAAGGAGGAGAAAACCUGAGUGUUGGUCAGCGGCAGCUGGUGUGUUUGGCUCGAGCUCUGCUGAGGAAGACCAGAAUCCUCGUCCUGGAUGAAGCUACGGCCGCUGUCGACCUGGAGACCGACGAUCUCAUCCAGUCCACCAUCCGCACACAGUUUGAGGACUGCACCGUUUUCACCAUCGCUCACAGACUCAACACCAUCAUGGACUACACCAGAGUGCUUGUUUUGGACAAGGGACAGAUCGCAGAGUUCGACACGCCGGUGAAUCUGAUCGCUCAGAAAGGAAUAUUUUUUGGCAUGGCUAAAGACGCGGGGUUGGCGUGAAGCGUUACGCUGUAAUAAAGCCGCAGUGCCUUCACACAGUAUCAGACACAACGCCAGUGAAUGUGGAUUUUUUUGUUUUCACUCAGCAGCAAGCUACAUCCAGGAUCUUUUGUUGUUUUUUACAUUAUUGUUUUUUCUAUAACUACAGUGCCACUGUUACUGAGUGAGUCAGUUGAAGCAGUCUAUUUUUGUACUGUAUUAUUUAAGUCACUUUUUGAAGUUGUUCAUAGGGAAGAUUUACUGCUCAGUUACGUGCGCGAUUCCUUUUGUAAACCAAAUCUGUAAAAACUUGAAUUCUGUUACCAGAAUUGGAGUAUUGUUGGAUUUAUUAAAAAAGUAAUACUGUU